AUGCUGACUGCUUUUGUUUAUUCUAUGUCACAAACUCAAUCCGUUGCCGACGUUCAGUCAACAAUAGCACCACAACUUGUGCCAACGACUCAAGCCGAUAUUGAUCCAAUUGAAUAUGCAUCAUCGAUGACAUCAACUUUUCAUCAUGAUGAAUUCGAAGAUGAUAUGGAUGUUGAUUUGGCUCAACCUGAAUUCAAUGGUCUGUGGGAUAAACAACCAGCCAAACAAGAAAUCGAUCCACUUUUUAAUCGAUCGAAAUAUUGGAAAACAAAAAUGGAUAAAGACAUCUUGCAACGAACACUAACUCGAUUAAAAGAGAAUGUUGUUCGUGAACAAGUUGUUGGAACAAAACGGUAUGAAGGAACUGUACCGUUCAAAAGUGACCCAACAGAAAUUUAUUUCAAAGAUUUCGAUGUCGGAAAAAUAUAUCGAACACGAGUAACGUUGACCAAUGUAACCUUAACAAUCAAUACACUCAAAUUAGUCGAUCUGUCAGAAUCGUUGAAAGAUUUCAUUACACUGAAAUUUGAACCACCAGGAAUGAUUUCGGCUGGAAUGUCGUGUUAUCUUCAUGUUACUUUCGAACCGAAGAUCAAUGAAAAUCUUCGUGGUGAAAUCAAAUUUCUUGCCCAAACAGGCAUGUUUACUGUUCCAAUUCGUUGUGAAAUCAAGAAAGUUGAGUUAUCCUUGGAUAAAACAUCAGUCAAUGUUGGAACAACAGUUGUUGAUGAACGUCUUCAUCAAAGUAUUACCUUGCGUAACAAUGGUGGACUGGGUACGAAUUAUCGUUUGGUGAAAACAAGUGUGUUGCGUCGUGAACAAGCCGAAAACGAGAAAGAUCAGAAGAAAACAAAAGAACCAGCAUCUACGCCAGAUGUAGCCGAUCUUGUUCAGAAAGAAUACGUUGAAGUUUUUACCAUAAAAGCGGCUGAUCAGGGCUUCCUUGCAUCACAUUCAUCGAUAUCGUUUCCAAUUGAGUUCACUGCUCCGGUAGCUGGAACAUUCCAUGAAGAAUAUACUAUUGCGUUUGACCAAAAUCAUUCCGAAUUGAAAUUCUCAAUCAAUGCUCAAUCAAUUGACGUUCCUGUUUGGGUUGAAAAUCCUUCCACUGAUUUUAAAAUUUGCAUGUUCGAUCGUCUGUAUCAAGAUGCACUGGUGCUUCGUAAUCGAAGUUCGGCCGCACUUCGUGUGUCCGUUGAUAUCCAACCGCGCGCCUUACAGAAUCAUAUUGAAAUUGUUCCACGCACAGCCUACAUUCAAGCAAAAUCAAGUUUCAAUCUACAGAUCAAACUAACUGCUCGUCCGUCAAUCGUUGAUGAUGGUUUACCGAUUGAAAUAUUCGAUCCAACAUAUAGCACAUUGAUUGUGCCAUUGGAAAUCAAAGUAGCCGAUCAAAUUCGAACAGUUCCAUUCAGUAUAAGUGCAGUACUAACCACCAGUGAUCUACAAUUUGAUGUUGAACAUAUCGAUUUUGGAUGUUGUACUACCACCGAAAGUGUUGUGGCGAAGAUACAUUUAAAAAAUAAUUCAUUACUGGCUCAACCAUUUGGAUUUGUGAAUCUCCCAGAUUACAUUCAAGUGCAACCAAACGAUGGUUUCGGUACAUUACUACCGGAAGAAACGAUUCCUUUACAUGUUCUCUUCAGUCCUUCGGCAACAAAGGAGUAUCAGUGCACAUUGACCUGUAGAUCUCUAAUCAAUCGAGAGUUUACUUUCGAUUGUCAAGGCGUUGGUGUUUUACCACCUCUCUCACUUUCGUCGACUGUUAUUCACUUUCCUGCAACACCAAUCAACGAUCAAUCGAUUGCUACUUUCUACGUUGAUAAUCGGCAUUUAGAUAAGAAUCAUUUUCGACAUCCGGUACCACGUAUUGGCAACGGCGAAUUUGCUGCCGUUGGCCCAACAUCCUUUCAAUUUGAAGUGCCAGAAAAUGCACCAAUUACUAUCUCACCCCUUGUUGGUACAGUUGAACCUGGCACGAGACAAAAGAUAACGGUUCGCUUGGCACCGAAAUUGGAUCCUGCUGAUAUACGUACUGAAUCUAUUCGCAUCAAAGAAGCGGACGCGAGGCGACAAGCGGAUGGAAAAGAUUCACCAAACAAAGGCGACUCAAAACAUAGAUCAAAUACCAUCAGUCGACGACGUGAUACAACUACAAGUACCAGUGGUGACAUUAUUUCACCGGCACCAGAACAUUCAAAUGAAUGGUCACUGGCUCAAUUAUCUAUGAUGAAAUCAUUUCCAUCAUCGUUGGCGUCGUUUCUUAUUCCAUGUUAUGUUGCAUCGGGUGAAUGUCAACGGCCUGGCAUAUUAAACUAUGAUGUGGCUAAUACUCUGUUUCUCCAAGUUCAUUGUCCAAUUGUUAAACCAGAAUUGAUCGUUAUCUCCGAUUACGGACAGACUACGAUUGAUUUUGGAUCGGCGUCAGUUGGUCAAGAACUGUCACGAACAGUUCUCGUACAAAAUAUCACUGAUAAACCAAUUCAAUUACGUAGUGCUCUAUUGAAUAUCGAUGGACCAUUCCGAUUAUUGAAUGCCCUACGAAAGAUAGAACCAGGUGGUACAGCGCCAAUCAAAUUAACAUUUACACCAAAUGCCACCGUUGAGUUUUUAGAAACACUUGAAUUGACUAGUGAAAGUUCAAAGUUAACAUUAUGUCUCAAAGGAGUGGGUCUUAAACCUAAUGUUCAAUUAUCGUUUGAUACAAACACUCCAUUUCAAAUGGGUUGUGUUCUCGCCAAAGAUCACAUUGAAAAAUCAUUUCAGUCAAUCUUGAAUCAAUACGACAUAAACACUCUUGAUUAUCAAAAAGGACAUGAAAUCAGUCGGCUAUCUACUUUCUUCGACAUGCCCUAUAUAUCUGGUUUAUCGAUAUCAUUUGCUCUCUUUAAAACAUAUGGCAUUCCGAGCAUUUCACGCUUACUUGUUCAAACUGAUCAAUUAGCUCGAUUAGAAGUAGCUGGUCGUCGAGCAGAAGAUACCGGUGUUCUUCUCUCUGAAUGUUUUGAAAAUGAUCUCGAUUCGCCUCGAGCUCGAAUGGCAACAGCGCGUAUAAAUUAUCUUCACAAUCUGUACCGAGGUCGAAUAAGUAAUGAUGAUAUGCUUUAUACACUAAGUUUAUUCGUACUUGAACCUUGCCGUUGGGCAGUUAAAUAUGACUGGCGACCUCUUGCACCCGUUGAAGGCGAAGCACGAGUUUUCUUCUGGCGAGAAUUAGGUGCGCGAAUGGGUAUUGAAAAUAUUCCAUUGACUUUAAAAGACUUAGAAACUUGGUCAGUCAAUUAUGAAAUCCAACAUAUGACUUAUUCGAAAGAUAAUCAAAUAUGUGGAGAAGCAACAAUAGAAUUACUACUCUCGAUAUAUCCAAAUUGUAUGCGGAAAUUGGUUCGAAAAGUGUUCAUUUCACUGGUAGACGAAAGACUUCGUUUAGCUAUGGGGUUUGAGCAACCACCGCACUGGAUAAAACAAUUGACAAUAUUUUUCUUUCGUUGUCGAGCUUUUCUUCUCGUACAUUGCGCACUACCACGUAUCUAUCCAGAUAAGCGCGGUCAGGCUUCACGCUCUUGUCCAAUGACCAAAGACGGUCGAUAUCAGCGUACGGGCUACUUUUUCGAGCCUUGGUAUGUAAAAGAAACAUGGUUCAAUGCAAUAUUUUCGUUUCCUGGAAAGCGACCGAGUGCCAAGUAUCGCAGUGGAGGAUUUAAAGUGACAGAACUGGGGCCCGAGAAAUUCGCUGCCAGUCAAUAUGUAAAUAAUCGAAUUGAACAAGAAAAUAAAAAUGUAUGGGGUGCUACGUUUGACUCGAAUAAACACAUGAUCGGUCCACAAAAUUUAAGUGGUCGAUCCGUGUUUGACAUAACCCCAGUGAAUGGAGUCAUUCCAGCUGGCAGUAAGAAGCAACUGACCGUAAUCUUCAGUCCUGACCAUGACUCUGACUUCUUUUCGGAUCUUGUUCGUAUAACUAUCUCGGAUCAGCCUGUGAAACUCGAAUUUCGUUUGCGUGGUAGUGGUCGUCAAAAUACCAUGUUUAUUCGACCACUAGAUAAUGCCAAUGUUGUGCAGAAAAGUCUCCUACCGAAUAUCAGCGAUAUUGUAACUUCGCAAAUGCAAGCCAUUGAUCCGACUGAAAAAGGAGCGCCGAAUAACAUUGUUGUUUUACUCUGUGCGCAGAUGGCCAAUGGUAAAUAUGUACCUGCUCAACGUGAACUGAUGAUCGGCUGUGCGGCAACAAGUGGAACUAAACGAAAUGGUGAUUAUUCAUUCGAUAAUAUGAAAGAUAUUAAUAACGAAGGUUUCAUUGUGGAUAAUCCUAAGACUUCCGUAGAAAUGGGUACAGAAAAAGCUGUGAAUGAAGCCUCUCGAGCAACAGUCACUGUGAUAACCAAAGGCGAUGUCACACGAACAUGGCGCGUUGUUUUAAUUGGUUUUGUCGAUCCAGCUUCACUUUCGGAUAAACGAUUAUUACGACCGUCAAAACAUCGAUUAACUAUAGCAACGAGCACUCGUUCCAAUGCGUCCGUCACUGGUGCUAGUCAACAGUUGACACUACAAGAAUCUUUACAAGAAAUUGAGAGUCCCACCUAA